UUACAAAAAAAAAGUAAACAAAGCAAAACCGAACAGAAGAAAAAGUUAAUUGCCAAACAGAGAAGGUGAGAGAGGGACACAGGUGCAAAACAGAAGCCGAGAACCGAGUGCAAUCCACCAGAUACACCUGAAAGAUCGCUAAGCGAGGCAGAAGACACCACUGUACCCGUUGUCUAAGCAAAGCUUAGAAACACACAAAAAACAAAGGAAAAAAACCCGAAAAACCGAAAUUUAUCCCAUUUCCUUUUUGCUACGCGCACAAGAAGCCAACAAACCCCUGAACUAUAGAAUGGUAGAAGGUGAUUCCGCAAAGGGCAAAAGCGAAUCCUAUAAUGUAGAAGCUGGACUACAACCAAACUACAAUCAGAGCGCAGCAAGCAACCAAGCAACCAACGCCAACGCUGGCCACCAUCAACCCGCUGGCCAGACCAACUCGAUCGCCUCGAACGCGACACCACCGCAUAUCGACAACCGUGCGAUCAUCCAGCCGUAUUCCCUGGGCACCGGAGCCAAACAGCCGGAGUAUCAGUUUGCGGCGGACAAUCGCGGCUACGAGCCGGACAAUCAUGCCAAUGGCAAGCAGCAGGACGUAGAGCGUGCCAAUGCCGGCGGUGGAGAUGCACCCGAUGGACGCCCACCCACGGGUGGGCCCACUAAAGGGCGCAAGAAGUCGACACCGCUGCCGGAGCCAACAACUCCGAUAGUUGCCAACUUUGAGCGGGCCAUCGAGUUGUGCGGCUAUGGCAAGUUCCAUUACAUUCUGUUGGCCAUUUGCGGUCUGGUCAGCACCUCCGAGGAGAUGGACGUCAUCUCGAUGUCGUUCAUCUUGCCCUCGGCGGAAUGCGAUCUGGACCUCAACACGGAAACGAAGGGUUGGCUCAAUUCGAUCAUCUUCAUUGGCAUGAUGGUGGGAGCGUAUUUCUGGGGCAGCAUUGCGGACAGCUUUGGCCGCAAAAAGGUCCUCAUUGUCAUCUCGUUCAUGAAUGCCCUGUGUAUUGUCGCCUCGUCCUUUUCGCAGUCCUACACCUUCUUCAUGCUGUUCCGGUUUCUCAAUGGUGCAGCUUUGGGCGGCAGUGGUCCUGUGAUCUGGUCAUACUUUGCCGAGUUCCAGCCGAAGGCCAAGCGCGGCUCCAUGCUGAGCUUCAUGGCCGCCUUCUGGACAUUCGGCAACCUGUUCGUGGCCAGUCUGGCCUGGCUGAUCAUCCCCACCAGCAUUGGCUUCAUCACACCGUACUUCACCUAUAACUCGUGGCGCAUCUUCCUGUUGGUCUGCUCGCUGCCGUCGUUCCUGGUCGGCUUCCUGCUCUUCUAUCUGCCCGAAUCGCCCAAGUUCCUGUUGACGCGCGGCAAGAAGGAUCGUGCUUUGGCCAUUUUCCGUGGCAUUUUCGUGACAAACACGAAACGUCGGCCCGAUGAGUACAUGGUCUAUGAUCUGGAGGUGGACGAGAAGCUGCUGGAGAGCUCGGCGAAUGUGAAGAACAAGUAUUCACGGAUGGUUAGCGGCAUGGUGGACCAUAGUCGCGCCUUGUUUAGGUCACCCAUCCUGCGCUUCACCAUUGUCUCGAUCACGAUCAACUUUACAUUCCACAUUGGAUACUACGGCCUGUUGAUGUGGUUCCCGGAGCUCUUCAAUCGCUUCGAGGAGUACGAGAAGGCCUUCCCGGGCGAGUCUGCCGGCGUUUGUACGGUCACCGAUUAUGUGGUGAAGAUUGCCAACCAGGAGAGCAGCAAUGGUACUUGCUCCUCGGAGAUACCACAAUCGGUGUUCAUGGAAUCGCUCAUUUCGCUGGCCUCAGCCCUGCCCGCCAAUCUGUUGGCCAUCCUUGGCAUGGAUAUGCUGGGUAGGAAAUUCUUCCUAAUUGCCGGCACCAUGACCGCUGGCAUCUGUUCGGCGCUGAUGUACUUUGUGCGCAGCUCCGUUCAGAAUCUGGUCGUCUCGGCCAUUUUCAGUGGCGCCAUUUCGGCGGCAAAUGCGGCCCUCGACUGCCUCAUCACCGAAGUAUUCCCCACCAAGCUCCGGGCCACCGGUGUGGCCAUCUCCAUGGUCGCCGCACGUCUGGGCGGUAUCAUUGGCAACAUUGUGAUUGCCCAGCUGCUGGACAACUAUUGUCCCUCGCCGACAUUCAUUGUGUCGGGCCUGCUCAUCGGCGGCGGUCUCAUGUGCCUGCUCCUGCCCAACACGACGCGCAAGGAGCUCAAUUAAAACGCCCAAACCAAUCUAACACCACUAAUAACUUAUCAACAGUCGCCCCAUUCUCGGAAAAAGGAUAUGAUAUUGAUGUUUAAGGACUCGGCGAAUGUGGUUAGAAAGAUGUUUUCUAUUUUAGAUCAAUAUCUCUAAAAUUUACUGAUCAUAUUAGAACCUUUGAUCUAAAUUUUUGGCUUAAUAUGAGUUGGUAUCUGGUAGAUAUUUAAGGAUAUCCUCUAGAUACUGAUUAUUAACUAAAUUUUAAGAUAAUUUUUAUGAUCUAAAUUUGAUCUAAAUUUUGAUCUAAUUUUUUGGUUUAAUAUGAGUUGGUAUCCUAGAGAUUUUAAAGGAUUUUGUCUAGAUACUGAUCAUUAACUGAAUUUUAAGAUCAUUUUUACGAUCUAAAUUUUGAUCUAAAUUUUUGGAUAAAUUUUUAAGAUAUUUAAUUUUUUCUAAAACCACAUUUGUUUGAUCCUUAAUUUUCAAGUUUAUAUCCUUUUUUUAAAUUUUUUUUCUCUCCAAAAUCCGCAAUAGUAGAACCCUUAUUUUUUUUCGUGUAAAAACCCAUAAGUAAUUUCCAAUUUGUUUGACCGCCUCGCCACACAAAGCGGGGUACAUCCUGUGUAUAUAUGGUGUGUGUGCUACAAUACACGUAUUAAUUAUUUAACGAUAGCGAUAACGAUAAAUCUAUCUAACUACCGAUAUCUAAUCUAUCUAUCUUUCGGAAUUUAAAAACCAACCAAAACACAAAACCAAAAUCGCCACUGGCAGCAUUGAAAGUGUCCAUCUGAAGGAGCCCCCCCAACAAGUAUUCCAGCUAAGUUUUAAACCAAAAAAAAUAAACAAAAAACUAGAAAAAAAAUAUAUAUAUAUAUUAUAAAGAAAAGAAAGAAAAGUCGAUAAACGACGUUAGGCGAUAUAUAUACCUCAGAUGGCGCCUUCCCUCCGCUGGCCAAGCAAAAAAUGUUGAAGAAGAAAACCCCAAGCCAGCGAGAAGAUAUAGCAGGUAGGAUCGAUUUGCGAUCGAUGUACGAUAUGUAUUUUGAGUAGUAGCGAUAGUGAGUAAUAUAUACUAUAUAUAUAUAUAUAUUAUAUAUUUUUUGGCAAGCGCCGGCGCCGGCUGAAGCAGCAGCAGAGAAGCGUGGGGCUGGCCAGGAUACCAAGAUCCCCAAGGGGAUUUCCCCGAAAAAGAAAAGUGAGAUAGCUGAGCCCCUUACGUUACCCCUCCUGCUGUCCGUUAUUGUUGUUAUUAUGUAAAACACAUACACAUACGUAUAUAACUUUAUCUAAAUAUUAAAAAAAAAAAAUAUUAUCUACCAAGAAAACCCAUUUUCUAUAACAUAUACAUAGUACACACAUAUAAUAUAUAUCUAAACUAUGUCUCCAUUUUUUUUGUUUUUUUUUUUCGUCGUCAUGUAGGACCAAAGCACAGGAAGUGAAAGAAUAUUUGUAAAAUUUAGUUACGUUAUUACAAGUUACGCUACAUUAUAUACAAACAUACAACAACAACAAAAAAAUAAACCUAAUAAAAAAAAAAUGAUCAAACCUCAAA